AUGGCUUCAUAUUUACGGUCGCCUUUUGGGCUGGCAAAGCGUCUAAGGGUGGNNAUUGCGCCUCCCACACCUAUUCAAGUCCGCACAGUAUACCAGUCUCGCCAACCGUGGCAUGGCAACCAAUCAGCCGUGCUCGAACAUCAGCGCGAUGCAUCAGUCGACUUUGACGACUUCAUGAGCCAGACUGCACAAGAAGCACGAGGUGUCACACUCCCAGCACGCGAGCCUUAUUUCAGCCCAGAGAUCCAGCGCGAACUCGAGGCUCUCCGUCUUCCUCGCUCCAUCCAUCUCAACUACCUCAGGCCUCUCAAGCGCACACCAGUCCACGGCGUACCCGCUGCCGACCUUCAACUGCGCUCCUACAGCGUGCGCAACCUCGAAUUCUUCGCCGACUUUGCUCUUCGCGCCGCCUACUACCUUAACAUCCCCGCCAAGGGCCCUGUACCGCUCCCCAAGAUUACCGAGCGCUGGACCGUUCCUAGAUCCAACUUUGUGCACAAGAAGAGUCAGGAGAACUUUGAGCGUAUCACAUUGAGGAGACUGAUUCAGAUCCAAGAUGCACACCCCGAGGUUGUGCAGAUCUGGCUUGGUUUCUUGCAAAAGUACGCUUACUACGGUGUGGGUAUGAAGGCGAAUGUGUGGGAGUACUCGAGUCUGGAUGUCAGCAAAGAGAUGGAUGAACAGGCUGCACAGGCAAAGGCUUCGAUUGAUGAGAGAUUGAAGUUGUUCGGCAGACGCAGCGACCGCAUCGAUGAUGCUGAUGUCGAUGGCAUGAUCCACGACAACAUCUUCAAGGGUGCUUCGGGCUCAUUGGCACCCAUGGGUACCUACGGCAAGCCUAACUAA